CUCUUCCUUUUAUUUUUAUUUUUUUUUUUUGUUUUUUUUUUGUUUUUUUUUUUGUUUUUCUUUCUGAAUUGGGUGUUAGGACGAAUUUACUUUUAACUUCCACCCACCAUGGAUUUCGAAGAUGAAGAGGAGCAUGAGGAGGAGAUCGAGAUGGCGGCGGCGAGUUACGACUCCUUGCCUAACUCAGCUGCCCGAGUCAAACUAACGAAUUCAACGGACCAAGUGAUUUCAAGUGGACAGAGGAAACCCAAGUACAGAGAGUGCUUAAAGAAUCACGCGGUUGGCAUUGGUGGUCACGCCCUUGAUGGGUGCGGCGAAUUUCUAGCCGCUGGUGCUGAAGGUACCCUCGACGCUCUCAAAUGCGCUGCCUGCAACUGCCACCGCAACUUCCACCGUAAGGAGAUCGACAACCUCGACUCUGCUAUAGGUGUCGGACAUGGAAUCGGAGAGCCAUUUCUAUUGCCCCACCCGGGUCAGUUCUCCCCCUACUACAGAACCCCAGCUGGGUACCUCCACGUGGCGCCACACCACAGGCCACUGGCUCUUCCAUCCACCUCAGGCGGUGGGGGCAGCCACAGCAGGGAGGAGGAGGAGGACAUGUCGAACCCAAGCGGCGGCGGAGGAGGAGGAGGGAGUAGUAGCCUGGGAAGGAAGAGAUUUAGGACGAAGUUCACACAAGAACAGAAGGACAGAAUGCUGGGGCUGGCGGAGACAUUGGGGUGGAGGAUCCAAAAACAGGACGAGGCGGUGGUGCAACAGUUCUGUAACGACACCGGAGUGAAGCGGCACGUGCUUAAAGUGUGGAUGCAUAAUAACAAGCACACUCUUGGUAAGAAACCCUAGACACAAAUUAAAUCCAAAAAAAGAAAAAAAAAAAAAAAAAACCAUAACUUCAUUGCUAAAUGAAAUGUUAACUUGAAGAGUUCCAUGUUGUCUCUAUUUUGGUACAUUUUUUAGAUUUAGGGUUUUAUGAUCUUCAUCAUCAUCAUUCUCUACCUUUGUCUUUGUGGGUAUUGUGUUUAAAUUAAUUGGAAUUUCAUUUCAAUUA